GGCUCCGACCCAGCCAGCGCUGUGCUCUCUUCUUGCCUAGCCGGCGGCGGUCUCCAGGAGCCCCAUGGCCAACUAUGAAUUUAGCCAGGUGUCUAGGGACAGACCCUGCUGCCGCCUCUCUAGGACAGCUCAGAUCUGUCUCGGAGUGAGUCUGGUGGUUCUGAUCUCGGUAGUGACCGUGAGCAUACUUCUGUGGCCGCGCGCACCCCUGGUGUGGAAAGGUAAGCCUACCACGAAGCACUUUCCUGAGAUCUUCCUGGGACGGUGUCUCAUCUACACUCAAAUUCUCCGGCCUGAGAUGAGUGAUCAGGACUGCAAGAAGAUAUUGAGUACAUUCAAAGGAGCAUUUGUUUCCAAGAAUCCAUGCACCAUCACAAGAGAAGACUACGAACCACUGGUUAAGUUGGUCACUCAAACCAUACCAUGUAACAAGACUCUCUUUUGGAGCAAAUCCAAACAUCUGGCCCAUCAGUAUACCGGGGUCCAGGGAAAGAUGUUCACCCUGGAGGACAUGCUGCUGGGCUACAUCGCUGAUGAUCUCUGGUGGUGUGGAGACCCCAGCACUUCUGACAUGAACUAUGACUCUUGUCCACAUUGGAAUGAAAACUGCCCCAACAACCCUGUUUCAGUGUUCUGGAAAGUGAUUUCACAAAAGUUUGCAGAAGCUGCCUGUGGUGUGGUCCAAGUGAUGCUCAAUGGGUCCCUCAGUGAACCGUUUUACAAAAACAGCACCUUUGGAAGUGUGGAAGUCUUUAAUUUGGACCCAAAAAAGGUGCAUAAGCUACAGGCCUGGGUGAUGCAUAACAUCGAAGCAGAUUCCAGUAACUCAUGCUCAGGCUCCUCCAUAAAUGAUCUGAAGUUGAUUGUGCAACAAAGGAAUAUCACUUUUGCCUGCCAGGAUAACUACAGGCCUGUCAGGUUUGUUCAGUGUGUGAAGAAUCCGGAGCAUCCAUUGUGUAGUUCUAAUAUCUGAAUAAUUUGGAUCUUAGACACUCCCGCAGCAUACAUCAAGAUGAAAGACUCAGAAACCACACUGAUGCAAAGCCGAAGCUGUCAGGCAGAGGUCUCUACUACAAUGUCAACACCAGAGAUGGAAGGACUUCCCAACCAAUGAUGGCAACAUUGCAUGAUCAGCUUAGUUUGUACUGCAUACUACCAAUACUCAAAAAAAAACAAUUACUCCACCGAAGCAGAGUUCAACUUUAUAUUGUUAUUUCAUUUUAAUUUUCUCAUGUGGUGCUUUUACAUUGUUUAUAUAUUACUAACUUCUCUUUUUUUCUCUUAAUGAAACUGAGAAUCAAACCUGAGAACUUUUACACAUGGUAGAGAAGCCUGUACACCAUUGAGCUACAUCCUCAGCACAGCUGGUAACAUUAUUUUUAUUGAAAAAUUGCCGGUAAAACUUCCCCUGUUAGAAUGGACAAAGAAAAUAAAAUGUCAAGCUUUUCAAAAUGAAUGAUCUUAUUUUCUGAUGAUUUUGCAUUUUCCCUACAAAUAUUCAAAUAGUAAACCUGAGAUCAUGGGUCAUUAUGGGGAAGAUAGUCUGUGGGAACUUGAACUUGCUUGGUGCUUCAACCUGUCACCCUUCCAACAUGUCCCUAGUAAGUUUGGCUAUUGUUUUCCUUUUUUUAAUAUGAGGAAAUCGAGCUUCCAGAGAGGUUAUACAUUUUCCUAAAGUCAUAUUCUUAGGAUCAUGGUUAGAGCUGGGAUCAUGGUUAGGGCUGGAGUUGACUCAGUUCUGUCCAAGUCCACAGCAUAUGGUAUUUUUUUCUUUUCUAGGCCUUUACUGUCAAAUUGAUAGUAGCCUGUGUUAUCGUCCAGCAAAUGUUGUAUUAAAUUGAAUGCAAAGAAUCUGAAAUCUGAUUUCUAUGGAUGAUUUCAAAACUAACUAAUUGCACCCUAUUUCUUUUCCUUCUCAUACUUGGUGCCUUUUAUAGGUAGUAAAAUAUUUUUGUUGAAAUAUUGAGUUAAUGAGCCAGGCAGUGGUAGCAUACACCUGCAAUACCAGCACUCUGGAGGCAGAGGCAGGCAGAUCUCUGAGUUCCAGGCCAGCCUGGUCUACAGAGUGAGUUCCAGGACAAUCAGGGCUGUUACACAGAGAAACUCUGUCUCAAAAAAGCAAAACAAAACCUCCCAAAAAAAGAAAAACAUUGAGUUAAAUUUUGAGGUAAGCCAUAUUUGUUGCUGAUACUGACAAUUUUUUUCUGUCCUUUUUUGUUAGAUCAGUCUUGCUUUGGGAUUACCAAUUGUUGUUGUUGUUGUUGUUUUACAAAGCUCCAAUCUUUAUUUUUCCUCAUUUAUUUUAUUUAAUUGAGCUUUUUUUUAUUUUUAGAAAUAUAGAAAUUUCUUAUUUUUUUUUAGUUUUCUUGAAGAUCUUCAUUCAACUUUUUGCAACAGAUGCUUAGGUCCCUGAUAUUGCAACCUGUUUUCUUUUCUUAUACAUGUAUUUUAGGACUAUGAAUUUUCCUCUGAGGCCUGCUUUUGCUGCAGCACUGAAGUUCUGUAUGUCUCCACUGGUUACCAUUCAGUUUAAAAUAGUUCUCGAUU